GCGGUAUGCAUUCUCCUCGGACGCGGUAUGCAUUCUCCUCGGACGCGGUAUGCAUUCUCCUCGGACGCGGUAUGCAUUCUCCUCGGACGCGGUAUGCAUUCUCCUCGGACGCGGUAUGCAUUCUCCUCGGACGCGGUAUGCAUUCUCCUCGGACGCAGCGGUGGAAGCGUUGCUGAGAGCCCAUUGGCUAUCGAGCGGCCAAUGGCGUGGGUCUUGAUUGCUUAAACACUUCCAUGGAGGAAUAUUUCGGUUCGCUGCGCACGGCUGUAGUUUUCCUGAAGUGUUUCCCUAAUGUCAGAAUGACAGCUAUCAAAAUGGCGGAGGGCAAUAGAGAAAAGUGAUGAGGACGGGGCAACAAAUGAGACAACUAUCCUCAAUUUAUUAUAUUAUUCUCAUUGGUCAUCGGAUAUUCUCGAAAACAUUUAAGGUUUGGUGAGACUUGUGCAGAGCCUAGUUUGUUCUUCUGUUGAAGAUUUAGCUAGCUAACGUUAGCUAGUUUGCUAUCUGCGGAAGAGGCACAACUUCCAAGACAUUGCAGCAACAAAAAAAAAAAACAAGCAAUGUUUUUGAGCUGAUUUCGUGAUAGUUGGGGACUUUGUGUAAAUCAGGCAUUAUAAUUCCAAUAACGCAAGGUAUCAUUAGCUGGACAUAAACCGCUUUGCACUCUCCUCCGAUUUGGGCUUGCUACAGUAACUCAUUUAGCAAGUAAACAAAGUGGCGUCAACUGACUACGAAUUUAGCUGAUUGUUUAUUUUAUGACGACAUGGCUCGUUCCCCGGAUCAGAGUGGCAUUCCAGGGAUGCAGAACUUUAAAGCCGAUCCGGAGGAGCUGUUCACCAAGCUGGAGAGGAUAGGGAAAGGCUCUUUUGGAGAGGUGUUCAAAGGCGUUGACAAUCGGACUCAGAAAGUAGUGGCCAUUAAGAUAAUUGACCUCGAGGAGGCUGAGGAUGAAAUCGAAGACAUCCAACAGGAAAUAACAGUCCUCAGCCAGUGUGACAGUCCCUUCGUUACCAGGUAUUAUGGAUCAUAUUUGAAGGAUGCGAAAUUAUGGAUUAUUAUGGAAUAUUUAGGAGGAGGAUCAGCUCUGGAUUUAUUGGAGCCCGGUGCCUUGGACGAAACCCAGAUUGCCACUAUUCUCAGAGAGAUCCUGAGGGGACUUGAGUACCUGCACUCUGAAAAGAAAAUCCACCGAGAUAUUAAAGCCGCUAACGUGUUGCUAUCGGAGCAAGGAGAUGUGAAGCUGGCAGACUUUGGAGUGGCGGGGCAGUUAACGGACACCCAGAUAAAGAGGAACACAUUCGUGGGCACUCCGUUCUGGAUGGCACCUGAAGUCAUAAAACAGUCUGCGUACGACUCAAAGGCGGAUAUAUGGUCGCUAGGUAUAACAGCCAUAGAGCUAGCCAAAGGAGAGCCGCCCUACUCAGAGCUUCACCCUAUGAAGGUCUUAUUCGUCAUCCCAAAGAACAACCCGCCCACCCUGGAAGGAAACUACUGCAAACCCCUCAAAGAAUUCAUAGAAGCCUGUUUGAACAAAGAGCCCAGCUUUAGGCCAACUGCCAAAGAGCUGCUGAAACACAAGCUGAUCAUCCGGCACGCCAAGAAGACGUCCUACCUUUCAGAGCUGGUGGAGAAGUACAAGAAGUGGAAAGCAGAGCAGUCUCGGGAGAACUCCAGCGAUGACGAGUCGGACUUUGAGCAGGAUGGCCAGGCGUCUGGAGUGAACGACUCUGGGAACGAUGACUGGAUCUUCAACACCAUCAGGGAGAAGGACCCCAGGAAGUUCCUGAAUGGUGCCGCCCAGUUUGAUGAGCUGGAGAGGAACCAGGUGCAAGACGAUCCAGAAAGGCCUCUGUCACAGAGCUGGUGCACUAUCAUUUCACCUUUGUUUGCCGAGUUAAAAGAGAACCAGGUUGAGGCAACCAAUGGCAAGCCAGAGGCUGUGGAUGAGCUGAGGGAGGCCGUUUUCAUGUCAGAGGAGUCCUAUCCUGGUAUCUCUGACGCCCUGGUGUCUGAACUAGUGCACAGACUACAGAGGUUUUCUCUACCCAGGGCCUCAUCCUCCCAGUGACAGCCCCCAUCCCACCCCUACAGUAGCAGCAGUCCGUCAGUCCAUGGCCUCUGACAUCAACAGCCAAGAUGGAGAACUUCCUGGGAGACUUCAUCACUCAUUCAUUCACCUAAGGCAAAGCCUCAGACCACUUUUUUUUAAAGGUAUAUUGUCACUUUGCUGCCACUGACUGACAACUGCUGUAAGACCUUUUGGGCUCAAUACCUCCGAUAUGAACGCAGGACCAUUGAUUCAAACAUUUUGGUGUGUGGCUUAUUCCUAAAAGGUCCUGAAGCCUUUCAGGGAGGAUAUAACUUUUGUGUGUGUGUGUGUGUGCAUCUCCUUUGAGAUCCUGUGAAAUGUGCGGUGGAGAUUGAAGCAUUCUUUUCAAAACUCAGGUAUCCUGCUUUUAAUUGGAUGGGGGUCCUCUGGGGGAAUGAAGACAUCUGUUGGGUGGCUGUACAAACUUGUAAAUAGGCACAUUUUUACAAAUAUUGAGAAAUAAUGGAGUGUACACAAAGGAAUCUCUGUGUACACGUGGCCAAAUGCUUCUGUACAUAUAUUCUGUUAGAAAGGGUCAAUGUUUAAAGAGACAUGUAAAUGGUCAUAACUGAGAUUGCUUUGCCUUUAUUACUUGCUCUUUUGUAUUUCAGUCAUGGAUUCCCUCUUGUUUAAAUAGAUUAUCUUGGAUUCCCUCUUGUUUAAAUAGAUUAUCUUGGAUUCCCUCUUGUUUAAAUAGAUUAUCUUGGAUUCCCUCUUGUUUAAAUAGAUUAUCUUGGAUUCCCUCUUGUUUAAAUAGAUUAUCUUGGAUUCCCUCUUGUUUAAAUAGAUUAUCUUGGAUUCCCUCUUGUUUAAAUAGAUUAUCUUGGAUUCCCUCUUGUUUAAAUAGAUUAUCUUGGAUUCCCUCUUGUUUAAAUAGAUUAUCUUGGAUUCCCUCUUGUUUAAAUCAUACAUUUUCAAGGACACAUCCAUUCAAUGGCAAUUGCUUCCCUCUGUCGUGUUUUUAUGUUAAUUGAUACUUUGGCCACCUUUUUUUUUUUCUUCUUCUUUUUAAAUGCUCUUUGACCUUUUUGAUGUCUCACUCUGUGACAUGGCUGUAGUUGCCAUGCAGUGCAGACCACAGAAACAGAAUCUGUCCAGGUGCACAACUUCUAACCCUCUCUAGUCUUGACACUGGGUUCUAUGUUGCCAGAGCAACGAACUUCAUGAGACCACAUGGUUUCAUGACAAGAUGUCUGUUGGAUUGUUCCUCUGUCCUGUGUAAGAUGAGUGCUUUAGUUCUAUUGAAGGUUCACCUUUCCUUUUUUUUUUUUUUUAACAUGGCAGUAAAUUCAACUACAUCAUCCCACAACAGACACGUCUUCUUUGUUACUGCAGUGGUACAAUCUAUUCAACAGUUUGAAUUGUGGCAUUUUUUUAUUUUUUUUUGCCGUAAGACCGCAUGGUCAUUAUUGUACAGGCAUGUCUCAAUGCUACAUAAGACAACUGUCCACCUGAAGCAACACAGCUUGGAGCAUAGUAUAACAGAACACUGUAAACGUGAAUUCCACACAAAGUUUAGUUGAAAAGGAUUGCAGAAGUGCGUUAUGGUGUGUUCAUACUAGUUGACGUAAAGUAGCAGAAAGCCAGCGGCCAUUAGGAAGCAUACCGCACUUCCCUGCUGCUACUGACCCCCCCAUUUCACUACACCCACUAAACACGUGUUUCCAUAAAGUUUAAUUUGAUAAAAUAACUCCUGUGACUUGGCCUGCACAGUAUUUAUUUAACUAGGCAAGUCAGUUAACACCAUUUUUAUUUACAAUGAUGGCCAUAGGAACAGCGGGUUAACUGCCUUGGUCAGGGGAACAGCGGGUUAACUGCCUUGGUCAGGGGAAC